AUGCGGAGGAGUUCCAAGCUGGGAUGCUUGCUUGUGGGAUGCGGCAGCCGGUUCUACAGCAGUCAGCGCCGCCCACCGCUCAGCGCCAGGGCAUCGUAUUGCAGCUUGCUUUUCUUCCUCCCCAACAAUUCGACGACGCUGUCUACUAACUUCCGUUCCCUCCGUCGCUUCUCUAGCUACGCCGUCGAGCAAUUCUCAGAUGACGAGUACGAGUGCGACUUCGAGUCCCACAAGGCAUCUUCUUCGGUGGCCAAUAUUGAUGAGUGGAAAUGGAAGAUGAGCUUGCUGUUGCGCAGUGAGACUGACCAAGAGAUUGUUUCCAAAGACAGGAAAGACAGGAGGGACUAUGAGCAGAUAUCUAAUCUUGCCCAACGGAUGGGACUUUAUAGUGAAAUGUAUGGGAAAGUGGUGGUUGCAAGCAAGGUUCCACUUCCAAACUACAGGCCAGAUUUAGAUGAUAAGCGGCCGCAAAGAGAGGUGGUUGUUCCUCUAAGCUUGCAGAGGAGGGUGGAGAGUCUGCUUCAGGAACAUCUUGACAGAACUCAACUGACAUCUGGAAGAGCUGAUGGCACAACAGAUGGCGGUAAUCCUGCUGAUUGUGUCGAGAGUCAGAGUCAAAUGGAGAAUCCAGAUUCUUUCCUUGAUGACUCUGUUAUGGAGAAAGUUCUUCAAAGGAGGAGUUUACGAUUGCGUAACAUGCAGAGAGCUUGGCAGGAAUCACCUGAAGGCAAGAGGAUGAUGGAGUUUCGAAAGUCCUUACCUUCAUUCAAGGAAAAGGAAAGGCUGCUUCAAGCUAUAGCAAGGAAUCAGGUUGUAGUAAUAUCAGGCGAAACUGGAUGUGGAAAAACCACUCAGCUUCCCCAAUAUAUAUUGGAGUCUGAAAUAGAAUCUGGGCGUGGAGCAUUUUGUAACAUAAUUUGCACACAGCCUCGGAGAAUAUCAGCUAUGGCUGUUUCAGAUAGAGUAUCAGCUGAGAGAGGAGAGCCGCUUGGUGAAUCGGUUGGUUACAAAGUUCGACUGGAGGGUAUGAAAGGGAAAAACACCCAUCUGCUGUUCUGUACAAGUGGAAUUUUACUUCGGAGGCUGCUAAGUGACCGCAACUUGAAUGGUGUGACUCAUGUUUUUGUCGAUGAAAUUCAUGAACGGGGCAUGAAUGAAGACUUCCUACUGAUUGUGCUCAAGGACCUUCUUCCUCGACGUCGCGACUUACGAUUGAUUUUAAUGAGUGCCACUUUGAACGCUGAACUCUUUUCGGCUUACUAUGGAGGAGCACCUACAAUUCAUAUACCGGGCUUUACCCAUCCAGUCAGGGCACACUUUUUAGAAGAUGUGCUGGACAUUACAGGAUAUAAGCUGACUUCCUUUAAUCAAAUUGAUGAUUAUGGACAAGAUAAAUUGUGGAAAACUCAGAAGCAGCUGACUCCAAGGAAAAGGAAGUAUCAGAUCACUACACUUGUUGAGGAUGCUCUUAAUAAAACAAGUUUUGAGACUUAUAGCUCCAGGGUCCGUGAUUCUUUGUCAAACUGGAUGCCUGAUUGCAUAGGCUUUAAUCUUAUUGAGGCCGCUCUUUGCCAUAUAUGUCGGAAGGAGCGACCAGGGGCUGUACUAGUAUUCAUGACUGGGUGGGAGGAUAUUACCUCUUUGAAGGAUCAGCUUAAAUCUCAUCCACUUUUAGGUGAUCCCAACAGGAUUCUGCUCCUUACUUGCCAUGGUUCUAUGGCAACAUCUGAACAGAAACUCAUAUUUGAGAGGCCGCCACCUAAUAUUCGUAAAAUUGUACUUGCUACAAACAUGGCUGAGGCAAGUAUUACCAUUAAUGACGUAGUUUUUGUGGUUGAUUGUGGAAAAGCAAAAGAAACCACCUAUGAUGCCCUGAACAAUACACCUUGUUUGCUGCCUUCGUGGAUAUCACAAGCAUCUGCCCGACAAAGAAGGGGCAGGGCUGGCCGCGUCCAGCCAGGUGAAUGUUACCACCUUUACCCUAAAUGUGUUUACGAGGCUUUUGCUGAAUAUCAACUCCCCGAGCUUCUUCGGACUCCAUUGAACUCUCUGUGCUUGCAAAUAAAAAGUUUGCAAGUUGAAAGUAUAGCAGAAUUCUUAUCAGCUGCACUCCAGCCACCAGAAUCGUUGGCUGUUUUCAAUGCCAUUGGCUUUCUGAAAAUGAUUGGGGCACUCGACGAAAAAGAAAACUUGACAAAUCUUGGAAAAUUUUUAUCGAUCCUUCCAGUAGAUCCUAAGCUGGGGAAAAUGCUUAUAAUGGGUGCAAUCUUCCGCUGCUUUGACCCAGUACUAACUAUUGUAUCUGGACUUAGCGUGAGGGAUCCAUUCCUCUUGCCUCAAGACAAAAAGGAAUUAGCAGGGACAGCAAAGUCUAGAUUCUCAGCGAAAGACUACAGCGAUCACAUGGCUCUUGUCCGUGCUUAUGAGGGGUGGAAAGAUGCUGAAAGAGAAGGAUCAGCAUAUGAAUAUUGCUGGAGAAACUUUCUGUCUGCACAAACCAUGCAAGCCAUUCAUUCCCUGCGUAAGCAGUUCAGCUUCAUCCUGAAGGAUGCUGGUCUCACAGAUGGAGAUAUGAGUUCUAAUAACAAAUUAAGUCACAGUCAGUCAUUGGUUCGAGCAAUAAUAUGUGCUGGCUUGUAUCCUGGCAUAGCCUCAGUUGUGCACAGAGAAACAACAAUGUCUUUUAAGACAAUGGAUGAUGGCCAAGUCCUACUAUAUGCGAAUUCUGUCAAUGCUCGCUACCAGACUAUUCCUUAUCCAUGGCUUGUCUUUGGCGAGAAAGUAAAAGUCAAUGCCGUUUUCAUACGUGAUUCAACUGGUGUCUCGGAUUCUAUGUUGAUCCUUUUCGGUGGCACUCUUCAUCGUGGGGUACAGGGAGGACAUCUGAAAAUGUUGGAUGGCUACAUCGAUCUGUUCAUGGAUCCUAGUUUGGCAGACUGCUAUCUGAAUCUCAAGGAAGAACUGGAUAAGGUUAUUCAAAAGAAGCUUGAAGAUCCAAACAUUGACCUUUACAAAGAGGGGAAGUAUCUUAUGCUUGCUGUCCAAGAAAUCGUAUCAGGAGAUCAAUGCGAAGGGAGAUUUGUAUUCGGGCGCGAAAGCAAACGACCAAAAGAAUCAAGUGAUGACAGCAGAUUCACAAAAGACGGCUCGAACCCAAAGAGCUUGCUACAAACUCUCCUGAUGAGAGCUGGGCAUUCCCCUCCCAAAUACAAGACGAAGCAUCUGAAGACGAAUGAGUUCAGAGCACUGGUGGAGUUCAAAGGAAUGCAAUUUGUAGGGAAACCAAGGAGAAACAAGCAGCUAGCAGAGAGGGAUGCAGCCAUUGAGGCACUUGCCUGGUUGACUCACACAUCCACUGAUACCAACCAAAAUGAGGAAGACGGGGAUGAUAACAGCUCCCGACCUGAUGUCACCGACAACAUGCUCAAACUACUCGGGAAACGCAGAAGAUCAAAGCGUCGACCUGGUUGA